CCCGCCGCCAGACCCCGACCCCCGGCAGCCGCGUUUCCCCGCCGCCCGCCUCACCCUCACGGCUGCGCGGACGGCCCGAAGCACGGACAGAUGGAGGCGGGGCCUCGGCCGCCGGUCACGGGGUCCGGACGGAGUGCUGCGUUGGGCUCGAGAGCCGCCAACCGCCCCGAUCCGCGGACGCGCCUCGCCUCCGCCGGGCCGGGAUCCUGCCCGCUGUGAGACCACAAGGCCAGCCAGGGGUGCGCGCGUGCCCAGUGAGGCGCCGGGCCCGGCGCUGACGUCUCCUCCAGGAAGCCCCCAGGAGCCCGGGCUGGGCCAGUCGGUUCCGAGUUCUCUGUCACCAAUGGGGACGUCCGUGCCCCCACUUCUCAGGCCGGAGGUGCAGAGAUCUGUCCAGUUUGUUCACCUGCGCGUCCCAGGGCUCAGCCAGCACUGCAAGGUUCACAGAAGGUGUCCAACGAGUGUGGCCCAGGGCACCCUGCGUGCGGGUAGCGCGCUCCGUCCCACGUGCUUGUCGCCGCGUCCAGGUUGAGUGCUUUCACGCACCUUGUUCCAUCUGCACAGGGAAUGUGCAGGGAGCGCUGGGCCGCAUUCCCCAGAGAGGGAAACGGAGGCAUGGAGAGGAAGAGCUGUCCUUCCCCUCCACAACCGUGGGUCUCGCCCUGCCCCUGUGGGCAGGGCCCUGGCAGUUUCCUGGGACCAACAGAGGCCUUGGCAACGCGUGCAACAGUGCUUGUGGUGGCGGCGGCAGCCACAGGGAGGCCAGGCGUGGAGGCAAUACGCAGCUCGGAGCAGGCCAGGGUCCCCCCGACUACCCCGACUAUGGAGCAUGCAGCCACCACAGGCCCCAGGCCAGGACCUCCCCUUCGGCGGGUGGAGAAUGUUGUGCCACGAGCCAAGGACGGGCUGCCAGGAGCUCCUGGGGGCACCACAGCCUGGGCCACCAGCCUGGGGGCAGAGGUCCCACCAGGUCUAGCGCCGAGUGAGGAGCAGCAGCUGCAGAUCUCCAAGGAGCUCAUCGACAUUCAAAUCACAACCCACCGCCUGCAGGAGCAGCACGAGGCUGAAAUCUUCCAGCUGAAGAGUGAGAUCCUUCGGCUGGAGAGCCGGGUGCUGGAGCUGGAGGCUGACCCCAGGCACUGCUGGGCACCAGCCCAAAGGCGCAGAGACAAAGCCCAGGAGCCUGGACACUCUGAUGAACGCAGACUACAGGUGCAGCCCAAGGACUUCACGAGCCCCCAGAACAAGCAGCAGAGGCUGGGGAGCGGCCUGCUGGGGGCCCAGGGGCAGCUUCAAGAAGAAGUAAAGUGGGCACUGGUGCGUCAGGAGGCCCGGCAGCAGGCACUGGAGACUCGUGUGGCAGCCCUGGGCCAGCAGCUGCAGGGAGCCCGAGAGGAGGCCAGGGCAGCCGGGCAGCAACUGGCCACACAGGCUGUGGUGCUAUGCAGCUGCCAGGGCCAGCUCCGCCAGGCAGAGGCUGAGAAUGCCCGGCUGCAACUGCAGCUCAAGAAGCUGAAGGAGGAGUACGUCCUGCGGCUGCAGCGCUGCGCCCGGGAGGCGGUGGAGCGCACAGACAGUGCAGGCCAGGGACCAGCCAGCACGACCCUCCGGAUGUUCCUGGAAGCCACUCUGGAGGACAUCCGGGUGGCACACCGCGGCCGUGAGCAGCAGCUGGCCCGGGCCGCCCGAACCUAUCAAAAGCGGCUGGCAGAGCUGAGCCGCAGGCAUGAGGAGCUGCUGGGUGCCUACAGGGCACCUGGGAACCCCAAAGCUACUUUCAAUACAGUUGGCUCGGACCUGGAACCACUGCCCAUGCUGCUGGUCACUGACUUCAGCCAGCAGGAGGACCAGCACAGCUGGCCUGGGGCACUGCUCUCAUCCCCACAGAAGGGACCCAGUGAUGCCUCCCAGAGGGGAGCGUCAGAGCCACAAGGCCUGCACGCUGAAUCCUGGGCCCAGAUUCACCAGAAACUACGGGACUUUUCCCGCAGCACCCAGGUAGGAGAGCUGGAACAGGAGCGGGCACAGCUGCUGGUCCGGGCCACGAUGGCUGAAGAGCAACUUUCUGAGCUGCAGGAGUACGUGGAUCAGCACCUGGGCAGGUACAAGCAGGAAAUCCUGAGGCUGAGGAAGCUGGCCAGUGCAGGGGACCCCUGGAAAGUGGGAGCUGUGCCUCCAGCCAAGCCCCAGGAUCCAAGGACCGGCAGCUACUAGCUCGUCUCCCAAGAAGCAGAGCAGAUCACAUCACAGCCAGCCCCCCCACCAAAACAUGAAUAAGAAUAGAACCCACAGA